AUGACCCAGCCCGUUAAUGACAAUCGGGCUGUUUUUCGUGAAGAAGUGCAAAUGAGCGUAUUUAUGAAUCCUAACCUAUCAAGCUUCGAAAUAGUUAACAAAAUAGUUAAAAUCAUUCCAUAUGUUCCUGAAAUACUUCAAAAAAUAUCCAGAGCACGUUUCGCAGACUGUGGGCUCACACAGUUACCUACUGGCCUUGAUGCUUACGUUUGUAUUUCACAAUUGGACCUUGUCGAUAAUAAUCUUAACAAUCUUCCAAAAGACGCAUUUAUGAGAUUCGAUAACCUCCAAACGCUGAAUCUCACAGCGAAUAACAUCACCAAAUUUAACUGUAACUUCAAACAAUCGUUAACUACUUUAGACUUAAGUUUCAAUCCAAAUAUCAACCUGGAUGAUAUCUGGAAUCUCAAUGCUCCAAACCUGGAGACUUUGAAACUUACCCAUUGUGACAUCAAGAGCCUUCCAAAGAUCAAGCCAACGUGGCUCCCAACACUGCGUUCGCUCCACCUCGACGGUAACUGCCUCUCCGAACUCCCUGAUUACUUUGACGAAUUUGAGAAACUGGAAGAACUUUCAUUAUUUGGAAACUACUUUGAAACGUUUGAUCCAAAGAAUCUUCCAAAAUCUCUCAAGCAGCUUAACCUAUACAUGAAUAAUCUCAAAGAUUGGGAUUUUGAUGACUCUUUCAACUGCACAUCCUUGAGUGUUCAAUCUAACCCACUUGGAAAGUUCCCUCUUAAGAUAUUCAACAUCUCUGGCCUCAGAGGACUCUCAAUUUGCUACUGCGAUAUCAAGGGCGAGCUUAAUUUCGAAUUACCUGAUACUUUGUCCGCAUUAGACAUUGCUUUCAAUAAUAUCACUAAACUUGGAAGCAAGUUUAUCGGAUCCAUCGGAAAACUCGCUCAGCUCAUAGCAAAUAACAACGAGAUAACGGAAAUUGCAGAUAACUUUCCAGAGAAGCCAGUUCUCAGCCGCUUGAUACUCAACUUCAACCAGAUCAAGAGAUUGCCAAAAACAUUUACCAAUUGCACGAAUCUUGAUUUCUUCCAGAUAACAAACAACAGGCUUAAGGAAUUCCCUGCAAUUUCGUGCACACAUCUGAGGACUCUCAAUCUUUCCUUCAACAGAUUGAAAGAAAUCCCAGAUUGUUUCAAUGAUUAUUCUUACUUUGCCGAUUUCAAUGUUUCCUUCAACGAACUUACCGCUUUACCACGCUCCCUCUCGUCAUGCAGUAAGAUUACCGAUUUCAACAUUUCUGGAAACAAAUUCAGAGUUUUUCCAAGUUGCGUUGUUUCUUAUUCAAAGAUUCGUUCUUUGAUAUGCGCGAACAACGAGCUUUCCAAUUUACCUGCUGGAAUCGGAUCUCUCUUCUUCCUUCAGACUUUUGAUGCAUCAAAUAAUCAUUUAACAAGUCUUCCUUCCUAUUUCAAGCUCUUUACAUCACUCAAGAUGUUCUCUAUGGCCCAUAACCUCAUUUCCGAUAUACCAGAUGACUUCGAAUUCCCAACUACGAUAAAUGUUCUCGAUUUAUCCUACAACCGCUUGACAAAGUUCGAUUUCGACCUUCCAUGCGCUACAUCCAUCAAUCUUGACUGCAACCAGAUCACUUCCUUCAAUCCUACCCAUUUCCCUGCCGCCAAAUUUAUUUCUAUCAACUGUAACCCAGUUUCCGUCAACAUCCCCGACACUCUUACAUCUCUUCUCGAGUCAGCAACAACACCAUCCAGCUUCGAGAUGCUCAAUACCAAGGCAGAUAAGAACCAACAUAUUCCUCCAGUCUGUUUCCACAUCAUGGCCGACCACCACAUGUCUCUUUCGAACAGGUUCGGUCUUGGCUACUCCGCAACAAUGGGCGUUCGUCCAACGAUGGAAGAUGCGAUAACUUAUCAAGAAUUCAAAGACGAUCAACAUCUCUUUGCACUUUUCGAUGGCCAUACAGGUCAAGUAGCCGCAGCAACAAGCGCGCACUGCUUACAGAACGAACUUCUCCUUCAUACAGUCAAUGCAUCAGAUGCCGACGUUCCAAAGACAAUUACAGCCGCGUACUGCCAAAUCAACAAGCUCCUGAAGAACUUGAACAUAAAGGAUGGCUGCACAGCCGUUUCUGCAUUUAUUCGUGGCAAAACCGUUUACACGGCAGGAAUUGGUGAUUCGCGCAUUGUAUUAGUCAGAAAAGACAGAACAAUCCGCUUAACUACCGACUACAAACCAACAAUGAGGACAGAAUACCAAAGAUUACGAGAAGCAGGCUUAACUGUCAACGUUGAAGGCAGAAUCCAGCGUAAACUUGCUGUUGCCCGUACUCUUGGCGACUUCUGGUGCGACCACGAAGGAUUAUUUGUACCUCCAGAGGUAGAACACUUUACAUUAGACGACCAGAUGGAUGUCGGACUCAUCAUUGCAUGCGAUGGUGUUUGGGAUGUCAUUACUGAUGACAAUGCCGCUGAAAUUAUCCGAAAUUCAACAAGUGCUCAAGAUGCAGCUUCAAUGUUGAGAAAUAUUGCCUUUGCUCUCGGAAGUAAGGACAAUAUCUCAACAAUGGUCGUAAUGUUCAAGGGCAAUGUCAAAGGUUUCACUUAUCAGAACGAUAUCAAAGAACUUCCGCCUGUUCCUGAUGAGGUACCUGAAGAGCCAGCAAUAGGAGAUGGUGUAGUGCCACAGCCUUCACAAUCAAGAAGAAGAAGGAGAUGA